AUGUCUUCCAUCAGCACCCAGACGGAGGAGCGAGAGCCCGGCCUCCUGCACCGCUCCCUUAUCGAACGCCCUCAAAAGGUUGUUUCUGGGUCAGGCAUCUAUCUGACACUGGCCGAUGGUUCUCGCAUCCUCGAUGGGUGCUGCGGCGCUGCAGUGUCAGUCAUCGGCCAUGGCAAUAAACAGGUCCAAGAUGCCAUUAUGCAGCAGUACUUGAAUGUCGAAUACGUGCACACCAUGGCUUAUACGACAUCUAGCGCUGAAGAGUUAGCUGAUGCCCUCACUGAGUUGAGCAGGCCAUUUGGCUUAACCAAGGCUUACUUCGUCUGCUCUGGCAGUGAGGCAAUGGAUGCGGCCAUGAAGCUUGCGCGACAAUAUCAUUUCGAAAAUGGUCAGCCCCAGAGAAGGAAUUUUGUUGCUAGGAGACAGGCAUAUCAUGGGAAUACCAUUGGAGCCAUGAGCGUGAGCAGCAAUCUUCCGAGGAAAAUUCCGUAUGACGGUGCCUUGACGCUCGACAAUGUGAGCUUCGUCAGUCCGGCAUACGCAUAUCGCGGUCAACGAGACUCCGAAACAGAAGAGCAGUACGCUGCCCGGUUGGUUCAAGAACUGGACGACGAGUUUCAGCAACUCGGCCCUGAAACAGUUGUCGCCUUCGUGGCGGAAACUGUGGGGGGAGCAACUGCGGCCUGCAUCACUCCGCCAAAGGGAUAUUUCGAGGGAGUUAGGAAAGUAUGCGAUCGAUAUGGCAUCUUGCUCGUCUUGGACGAGGUCAUGUGUGGCAGCGGCCGGACAGGGACGUAUUUCGCCUUUGAGCGUGAAGGCGAUGUGAGGCCAGAUCUCGUUACGCUGGGGAAGGGCCUGGGGGGAGGAUAUGCCCCUAUUGCGGGCGUCCUGAUCAGUGAAAAGGUCGUCAAUGUCUUGAAAAGAGGCACUGCGAGUUUCGUUCAUGGGCAUACCUAUCAGGCUCAUCCAGCGUGUUGCGCGGCGGGCUUGGCCGUUCAGCAAGUCAUUAAGCGUGAAGAUUUGGUGGCGAAAUGUCUUUCCAAGGGGGCCUUCCUGGAAUCCCGUCUGCGGUCUACUCUUGGAGGUGCAAAGCAUGUGGGAGAAAUCCGUGGCAGGGGUUUGUUCUUGGGGAUUGAGUUUGUGCAGGACAGGGCAUCUAAGCAACCGUUCAAGCCAGCGGUCAAGUUUGCUAGCAGGAUGCAAGAAGCGGCUCACAGUCGUGGUCUGGCUGUGUAUCCGGGAUCGGGGACUGUAGAUGGGGUGAAUGGUGAUCAUGUUAUUCUAGCACCGCCCCUUACUAUAUCGGAAGAGGAACUCGAGGAGGUUGUGAGGCUGUUGAAGAUGGCGUAUGAUGCGGUGGAAGAAGCGUUGGUUGUGUGA